AAUCCAGUCAAUUCUUAAUCUUUGAAUAGGGUUGUAACUAGCUUAAAUAACCGCUUUAUUUUUGGCGCGAAGUUGUUUUAUAGUUAUGUUUAAGUAAUAAAAAGUGGUGAUUUAUUGAAAACUUAUACACAAUUAUCAAAAGGAGAUUAAUUCGUAUUAUUUAUUUUAUUGUUAAUAUAAUAUGGAAGAUCCAGCUACCGCACGUUUAAAGUAUUUAAUAGUAAGCAGUAAUGAAGCUUUAGAAUUUAAAUUAGUACGCUCUGUUGAUGAUUUAGAGAAUGAUGAAACCAUAUUUAAACCAGAAAUGUCCCAUCAAGUAUUUGGAGAUAGUGAAACUAUAUUUGGCUACCGAGAUCUUAGAGUAAAGUUAUAUUACUCAGCAGGUUGUUUAGAAACUUAUUUAGGUAUGACUUAUUCAGAAAAAAUAAACAAACUACUUUAUGAAGGAGUUGAAGCUGAUGAAAUAUUGCCCAAAAUUGCUGAGAAAUUAGCUCCACAAGUGCAUACUAAUAUAGAUGCAUUUAUUGAAUCUUUAAAAAAGGAUGACACAUUUAAACCUCAUGGUGUACUGCUUCAUUCAUUUUCUAUUAAUGAUGAAGGUUGCACAAGAAAAUUUGAAGUUUAUAAAGCAGAUAUGACGUAUAAAGGUUUUAAAGAAUAUCAUCAACGUCUCCAAACAUUUGUAUUGUGGUACAUAGAUGCAGCUAAUUUUAUAGACAUUGAUGAUGAUCGGUGGCAUUACUUUAAUAUGUUUGAAAAAUAUCAAACAGCAGAUGGUAUUAUUCGUUAUGCAACUAUUGGUUUUGCUACUGUAUAUCAAUACUACGCAUAUCCACGUCAUACUAGACCUCGUAUAGCUCAAGUCUUAAUUUUACCACCAUUUCAAAAUAUGGGUCUUGGUACACAUUUGUUGCAUGCUAUUUAUUGCGAAUACAUUGGAAGAAACCAGGUCAAAGAUAUAACAGUUGAGGACCCUUCUGUGACCUUUCAACGGUUAAGAGAUUAUGUGGAUGCAAUAAAUUGCAGUGCAUUGCCUAGUUUUUCACGAGACUGUCUACAUCAGGGUUUUAAUAAAACAAUGGCUGCAGAGGCUAAAGAGAAAUUCAAGAUUAAUAAGAAACAAGCUCGCAGAGUAUACGAAAUUUUAAGACUACGGGCGACAGAUUUAACAAAUGAGCAAGAGUAUCGUGAAUAUAGAUUAGAUGUGAAAAGGAGAUUGAAUAUUCCAUACAGACGCGAACAAAAUGAUUUAAAAAAGUUGGAAUGUGCAUUAAAGAAUAUUGAUAAACGUGCGAGCAUUACUUUACCUACACUGGAUCAACGUAUGCAAACUCUUGAGAAAGAAUACAGAAGCUUAGAAGAAGAAUAUAAGAAAGUAAUUAAACGUUUGGAGGACGCAGAAGAACUUUGAAAUUUAAUAUUUUUUUCUGUUUCUUAUUUUUAUUAAGUUGCCUGUGUACGAAACGAUUAAUACUGUUUGAACAUGAAUUAUUAGUCAAAACAUUUUUUGUUGGCUCAAUUUUCUAUUGGCUUAAUAAAGUUUCUUUUUAUUAAAUAA